GCCGCCCAGCUCCUCAACCACACCGCGCCCAGCUACACCUUCACCUUCACUCCCUUCCUACAGCGCACCUACCAGCACAGCCUCCCCCCCGACCGCCCCGUCUGCAAGGCCUACCUCUCCGGCUCGUGCCCGCUCAAAUCACACUGCCCGGAACGACACACCACGCCGGCGGGCCACCCGGCAUCGCAACGCGACGGCGGCGGAGGCGGCGGCGGGGGGGGCGGGGGGUUCGGCUCGCUGGUGUGCAAGCACUGGCUGCGGGGCCUGUGCAAGAAGGGGGAGGCGUGCGAGUUCCUGCACGAGUACAACCUGCGCAAGAUGCCCGAGUGCAACUUCUUCGUGCGCAACGGCUACUGCAGCAACGGCGACGAGUGCCUGUACCUGCACAUCGACCCGUCCUCGCGCCUGCCGCCCUGCCCGCACUACGAGCGCGGCUUCUGCCCGCUCGGCCCCCGCUGCGACAAGAAGCACGUCCGCCGCCGCAUGUGCCCCUACUACCUCGCCGGCUUCUGCCCGGACGGCCGCGCCUGCCGCCUCGGCGCCCACCCCAAGUGGGUCGCCGACGGCGAGCUGGAGAAGCCCAAGGAGAAGGAGGAGAAAGCGAAGGAGGACGGCGCGGACGAGAGGGAGAAGGAGGGAGAGAGGGAGAAGGAGAAGGAGCGGGAGCGGGAGCGGGAGCGGGAGCGGGAGAGGGAGAUGCAGAGGGAACGGGAGAUGGACCGGGCAGGGAGGGAUAGGGACGGGGAGAGGGGCCACGAC